ACCGAAACACCACCUCACUGCAAAUAUUGAUCAAACACGUGAUUUAUCAAGUUCAAAGAUUUUCUUUGAAGGAAACGAUUGAAUAUUACAGAGAGAGAGAGACGGAAGGGAAGCUUGUAGUCGCACUAAUCCGAACAAAGGGGGAAGUAUUCCAAGUUACUCUGGGUCGAGUUGUACUCAUUGAUAGUCAAUGAAGGCAUCCAGUUCAAUACAUUCACUUCAGCUUUUAAGUGGGUGAAGGAGCUGGAGUCAGAGUUCUGAAACUCGAGACAGAAGUACAACAAACUGACACUUUUGCUUCUAGCGUCUUGUUCGAAUAAUUCUGAGUGGGUCCCAAAGUCUGAUAGAUUGCUACAAUGACAACGAGAAAGGGUUUCUAUUACCAGGAGAUCAAUAAAACAGCCUGGGAAGUAUUGGAGAGAUACACAGAUCUGGCUGCUGUCGGCUCGGGAGCCUAUGGAAGUGUUUGCUCAGCCAUUGAUAAGCGAACUGGCACUAAAGUGGCAAUCAAGAAAUUGUACCGACCUUUUCAAUCCGAGUUGUUUGCUAAACGAGCUUACAGGGAACUUCGCCUAUUGAAGCACAUGAAACACGAGAAUGUGAUUGGUCUGUUGGAUGUUUUCACACCAGAUCUGUCCUUGGCGAAAUUUAAUGACUUUUAUUUGGUUAUGCCUUUUAUGGGAACAGACCUUAGCAAAUUAAUGAAGCAUGAGAAACUGACUGAAGACCGGAUCCAAUUUCUGGUGUAUCAAAUCUUGAAAGGCCUAAAGUACAUCCACUCAGCAGGGAUCAUCCAUCGGGAUCUUAAACCUGGGAAUCUGGCCAUCAAUGAGGACUGUGAACUCAAGAUUCUAGAUUUUGGAUUGGCAAGACAUGCAGAUCAAGAAAUGACUGGUUAUGUAGUUACCAGAUGGUACCGUGCCCCAGAGGUAAUACUGAACUGGAUGCAUUAUACACAGACAGUUGAUAUUUGGUCUGUUGGCUGCAUCAUGGCAGAGAUGAUUACAAGCCGGCCGCUCUUUAAAGGCAUUGAUCACUUAGACCAACUGACAGAAAUCAUGAAAAUAACAGGUACGCCCACACAAGACUUUGUUCAGAAGUUACAGAGUCAAGAGGCUAAAAAUUACAUCAAAAGUUUACAAAGAAUUCCAAAGAAAGAUUUUAAAGCCUUAUUUGCAAAUGCAAAUCAAGCAGCUGUCAACUUAAUGGAGAAAAUGCUUGUACUCGAUGCAGAGAAACGAAUAACUGCUGCAGAAGCUUUGGCUCAUUCUUACUUUGAGCAGUAUCGAGAUCCUGAAGAAGAGACUGUGGCAAUGCCAUAUGAUGAUAGUUUUGAUAAUAUGGAUUGCACUAUUGAAGAAUGGAAAUGUCAUACUUAUAAAGAAGUGAUCAACUUUAAACCAUCAACUGGAGUACCAGAAUCUAAAGAAACAGCAGUGUAACACUGGAAUCAUAGGUAGAAGACAGAAGUAGUAUAUAAUUGUGGAGUGAGCAACUGGCUCUGAAGACAUUGAAUCAUUUAGUUACUUGUUGUUCCAAUGUUUUGAAAGAAAAUGUACACAAUUUUAAAUUUAUGUCUAUACUUCAGUCUUUUGUUUUUUUUGUUUUUUUUGAAGGUCAAACUCUGCACCAGCAUUUCUUGGAAACACUUCAGUGUUGUAACAUUUUUAAUUAUGUGAUUUUAGGCUGAAAUGUCUCCUGACUAUAAUUGAGAGGGAAAAAAUAGGCAAAAGCAAUCUUGUUCAAACACUGAAUUUUUCAUGGUGCUAUAUAAAUUCUAAAGUUUCUCAUAACUGUAUUGUCUACAGUCACUUGCGUAGUCUCUUUAAUUGAUGUAUAAUGUCUUUAACCAUCAUUCUUUAAGUGCUGUUAGUAAGAUAAUGUAGAGUCAUUGUUAAUAGUGGUUGUGUUAAAAUUAUAACAAACACAUAAGUGUAUUGAAAACUGAUUAAUCUAUCCUCAAUCCCAUUAUAACUAAUCACAGACACUAAUUAGAAAUAAUUAUCAAAGACUACAUUUUUAAAAUCCUUGACCAAAACUAACCAUUAGAACUGUGCCAGUGUGUAGCACUGACCAAUCAUGUGGGAUUUCCCACUCCAAGCAAAUUAGUUCACAGUUUUUCAUUAAUCUAGGUAAUAAUAGUAAUUCACUUAUAUUUUCCAAACUGUAUUUCAAGCGAAUGUGAAAUUAACAGUCUAAUUCAAUUGGAUAAACAAGAAAACCAAAGAGCUAUGGACACUGGAAAUCAGAAAAUGCUAGAAAAACUCAGCAGAUCUCGCGGUAUCUGUGGAGAGAAAGCAGAGUUAACAUUUUGACUCCAGUGACCCUUCUUCAAAACUUGUUGAUGCUGACAGACCUGCUGAGUUUUACAGCAAUUUGUGACUUUAUUUCUAACUCCAUUAGGUGCUGUUUAUUUAUCUCAAUGGCCCAAAGACCAAUUAUAUGUGCUGCACUGAAUAUUCCUCUCAGUUAUCUACUGGAAAUCUGCACUGUCUAUAGGGUAUAUGUGACCUAUUGGGACAGGCCAUAUACCUGUAUCUCCUUAACUAAUCAGACUGAAGAAUUGUUAUCUCACUGCAUAGAAUUUGAAUCAGGAUGUGCCAGUUACAGUAUACUUAAUCCAAUGUCAAAUCAUUUAUGGAAAUAAAAAGAGAAAUACCCAUAAGAUGUAGAGGCAGAGGUCAUUUAGCCAAGUUUUACUCUACCAAUCCAAUGAGAUCACAGCUGAUCUGAUAAUCCUUAACUCCACUUUCCUGCCUUUUCCCCACAGACAGAUCUUUUUAAUCAGUAAAGGAAUAGGU